GCGUCAUGACGUAGUACGUAGGGGCUGGCUAGCCGCCAUCUUGCUUCUUUUUCUCGCUCGCUGGCUCCCUCUCGGGAAGCUGCGAAAGUGCUUUGGCGGUUUGUCCAUCCGCAGCUUCGGCUUUUCCAGUCAGGUGGCCCUUCCGGCCACCCCUUUAACCCCAGCUUUCCCUCCCCCUUCUUUCGAUCAGAGAUCGGCGGAGACCCUCGAAGUGCGCAAACUUGACACUCACCCUGACCGACCAAGUUAGGGUACAUCACCAAGAUGAGGGUGCAUUAGCUCUAAAGGACUGGGGUUUUAAGGGGUGUGGCAGGAGGUUUUGGACUCGAUGAGUUUCCACCGAAAUGUCGGAGAAGUCAGGCCAGAGCACAAAAGCAAAGGAUGGGAAAAAGUAUGCAACACUCAGUUUAUUUAAUACUUACAAGGGGAAAUCAUUAGAAACACAGAAAACCACAGUUGCAGCUCGACAUGGAUUACAGAGUCUUGGAAAAGUCGGUAUUUCACGGCGUAUGCCUCCACCUGCUAACCUCCCGAGUCUUAAAGCAGAAAACAAAGGCAAUGAUCCUAAUGUAAACAUUGUACCUAAAGAUGGCACAGGGUGGGCAUCAAAACAAGAUCAACAUGAAGAAGAAAAAACACCAGAAGUGCCACCAGCACAGCCAAAACCUGGGGUUGCAGCUCCCCCAGAAGUAGCACCUGCUCCCAAGUCAUGGGCCAGUAACAAGCAAGGUGGGCAAGGAGAUGGAAUCCAAGUGAAUAGUCAGUUUCAGCAAGAAUUUCCCAGCCUGCAGGCAGCUGGGGAUCAGGAAAAAAAAGAAAAGGAAACAAAUGAUGACAACUAUGGACCUGGACCCAGUUUACGUCCACCAAAUGUUGCUUGUUGGAGAGAUGGUGGUAAGGCUGCUGGCUCACCUUCGUCAUCUGAUCCAGAUGAAAAGCUCCCUGGCCAGGAUGAAAGCACAGCUGGAACAUCAGAGCAAAAUGAUAUCCUCAAAGUGGUGGAAAAGAGGAUAGCUUGUGGUCCUCCACAGGCUAAACUGAAUGGACAGCAGGCUGCUCUCGCUUCCCAAUAUAGAGCUAUGAUGCCUCCUUAUAUGUUUCAACAGUAUCCGAGGAUGACAUAUCCUCCUCUACAUGGUCCCAUGAGAUUCCCACCUUCUUUAUCUGAAACAAACAAAGGCCUUCGAGGAAGAGGCCCACCUCCUUCAUGGGCCUCUGAGCCUGAACGCCCAUCCAUUCUUAGUGCAUCAGAACUGAAGGAGCUUGAUAAAUUUGAUAACCUAGAUGCUGAAGCUGAUGAAGGUUGGGCAGGUGCUCAGAUGGAAGUAGAUUAUACAGAGCAACUGAAUUUCAGUGAUGAUGAUGAACAAGGAAGUAACAGUCCUAAAGAGAAUAACAGUGAGGAUCAAAGUUCAAAAGCCUCUGAAAACAAUGAAAACAAAAAAAAAGCAGAUGAAGUUUCCAACACUAAAUCAUCUUCUCAAAUACCUGCCCAACCAUCAGUAGCAAAGGUUCCCUAUGGGAAAGGACCUUCAUUUAAUCAGGAACGUGGAACAUCUUCACAUCUGCCACCACCUCCAAAGUUGCUUGCACAGCAGCAUCCACCUCCAGAUCGACAGGCAGUACCUGGAAGACCAGGCCCCUUUCCGUCCAAGCAGCAAGUAGCUGAUGAAGAUGAAAUAUGGAAGCAAAGACGAAGACAACAAUCAGAAAUUUCUGCAGCAGUAGAACGUGCUCGUAAACGGCGUGAAGAGGAAGAGCGAAGAAUGGAAGAACAAAGGAAGGCAGCUUGUGCAGAGAAACUGAAACGAUUGGAUGAGAAGCUUGGCAUCCUGGAAAAACAACCAUCUCCAGAGGAAAUUAGGGAAAGGGAGCGAGAAAAAGAACGGGAGCGUGAGAAAGAACUUGAAAAAGAACAAGAACAGGAGCAAGAGAAGGAGAGGGAAAAAGAGAGGGAGAGACAGCAGGAAAAGGAGAAAGAGCUGGAGAAGGAGCAGGAAAAACAAAGAGAAAUGGAGAAAGAAAGAAAGCAAGAAAAAGAAAAAGAACUAGAACGGCAGAAAGAAAAGGAAAAAGAACUACAAAAGAUGAAAGAACAAGAAAAGGAAUGUGAGCUGGAGAAGGAAAGGGAGAAAUUAGAGGAGAAAAUUGAACCCAGAGAACCUAAUUUAGAGCCCAUGGUAGAAAAACAAGAAAGUGAAAACAACUGUAAUAAAGAGGAGGAACCUGUUUUCACUAGACAAGACAGCAAUCGUAGUGAAAAGGAAGCCACACCAGUGGUGCAUGAAACAGAACCUGAAUCAGGGUCUCAACCUCGGCCGGCUGUAUUAUCUGGCUAUUUCAAACAGUUUCAGAAGUCUUUACCUCCACGAUUCCAGCGGCAGCAGGAACAGAUGAAACAGCAGCAGUGGCAGCAGCAGCAACAGCAAGGUGUACUUCCACAGACUGUUCCUUCACAACCAUCCAGUAGUACUGUCCCUCCUCCACCACACAGACCUCUUUAUCAGCCUAUGCAGCCUCAUCCUCAGCAUUUGGCUUCUAUGGGUUUUGAUCCAAGGUGGCUCAUGAUGCAGUCCUACAUGGAUCCUCGAAUGAUGUCAGGAAGACCUGCUAUGGAUAUUCCACCCAUUCAUCCUGGAAUGAUUCCUCCUAAACCAUUAAUGAGAAGAGACCAGAUGGAAGGGUCACCGAACAGUUCUGAGUCAUUUGAGCAUAUAGCUCGAUCUGCAAGAGAUCACGCAAUUUCCCUUUCUGAGCCUCGUAUGCUGUGGGGGUCAGAUCCCUAUCCUCAUGCUGAGCCUCAACAAGCAACUACUCCCAAAGCAACAGAAGAAUCUGAGGAUGUAAGGUCUGAAGCUGCGUUGGACCAAGAACAGAUUACUGCUGCUUUUUCUGUAGAACAUAAUCAGUUAGAGGCACAUCCAAAGGCAGACUUUGUCAGAGAAUCAAGUGAGGCAGAAGUACAAAAGUUUUUAAGCAGAUCUGUGGAAGAUGUUAGACCUCACCAUACUGAUGCAAAUAAUCAAUCUGCUUGUUUUGAAGCACCUGAUCAAAAGACCUUAUCCACUCCUCAAGAGGAGCGGAUUUCAGCUGUAGAAAGUCAGCCUUCCCGGAAAAGAAGUGUUUCCCAUGGAUCUAACCAUAUGCAAAAACCAGACGAGCAGAGAAGUGAAACAUCUGCAGGCAUUCCUAAAGUAACCAGCAGAUGCAUUGAUUCAAAAGAACCAACAGAAAGGCCAGAGGAGAAACCAAAAAAGGAAGGUUUUAUACGAUCUUCUGAAGGACCAAAACCUGAAAAAGUAUAUAAAUCUAAAUCAGAAACUCGUUGGGGCCCACGACCAAGCUCCAACAGAAGGGAAGAAGGUAAUGAUAGACCUGUGAGAAGAUCAGGUCCCAUUAAAAAGCCUGUGCUUAGAGAUAUGAAAGAGGAACGGGAACAGAGGAAGGAGAAAGAAGGAGAAAAGACUGAAAAGGUCACUGAAAAAGUAGUUGUAAAGCCUGAAAAGACAGAAAAGAAGGAUCUUCCUCCUCCCCCACCACCGCCUCAGCCACCAGCACCGAUUCAGCCACAGUCAGUUCCACCACCAAUUCAACCAGAAGCAGAGAAAUUUCCUUCAACAGAAACUGCAACUUUGGCUCAAAAACCAUCUCAGGAUACUGAGAAGUCUCCGGAACCUGUGAGUACUGUUCAGGUAGAGCCUGCAGUUAAGACUGUAAACCAACAGACUGUGGCAGCACCAAUAGUCAAAGAAGAAAAGCAACCUGAGAAAGUCAUCAGCAGAGACCUUGUUAUAGAGAGGCCCCGACCAGAUUCAAGACCAGCGGUUAAAAAAGAAUCAACUUUGCCUCCCAGGACCUACUGGAAAGAAGCUAGAGAUAGAGAUUGGUUUCCAGAUCAAGGAUACAGAGGUCGAGGCCGAGGUGAAUAUUACUCCAGAGGUCGAAGCUAUAGAGGUUCUUAUGGAGGGCGUGGCAGGGGUGGUAGGGGACACACUCGAGAUUAUCCUCAGUAUAGAGACAAUAAGCCAAGAGCAGAGCAUAUACCCUCAGGGCCUCUCAGACAGCGAGAAGAAAGUGAAACACGGAGUGAGAGCUCUGAUUUUGAAGUUGUCCCCAAAAGAAGACGACAGCGGGGUUCAGAGACUGACACAGACAGUGAAAUUCAUGAAAGUGCAAGUGACAAGGACAGUUUAAGUAAAGGCAAACUUCCCAAAAGAGAGGAACGGCCUGAAAACAAAAAACCUGUAAAGCCUCAAUCUUCUUUCAAGCCUGAUAAUCAUGUUCGAAUAGAUAAUAGACUGCUAGAAAAGCCUUAUGUAAGGGAUGACGAUAAAGCUAAACCAGGCUUUCUUCCUAAAGGAGAGCCUACAAGGAGAGGCAGAGGGGGAACAUUCAGGCGUGGUGGAAGGGAUCCUGGAGGCCGUCCAUCACGCCCUUCCACUUUACGAAGACCAGCUUAUCGGGACAAUCAGUGGAACCCAAGGCAGUCAGAAGUUCCUAAACCAGAAGAUGGAGAGCCGCCAAGAAGACAUGAGCAGUUUAUUCCUAUAGCAGCAGAUAAACGACCUCCAAAAUUUGAGCGAAAAUUUGACCCAGCUAGAGAAAGACCUCGAAGGCAGCGUCCUACCCGACCACCAAGGCAAGACAAGCCACCUCGAUUUAGACGGCUAAGAGAGAGGGAGGCUGCUUCAAAAUCAAAUGAGGUGGUAGCAGUGCCUACAAAUGGCACAGUUAAUAAUGUGGCUCAAGAACCAGUUAAUACUCUUGGGGAUAUUUCGGGGAAUAAGACACCAGAUUUAUCUAAUCAGAACUCUUCAGAUCAGGCAAAUGAAGAAUGGGAAACAGCUUCUGAAAGCAGUGAUUUCAAUGAGAGGCGAGAGAGGGAUGAAAAAAAAAAUGCUGACUUGAAUGCACAAACGGUUGUAAAGGUUGGAGAGAAUGUUUUACCUCCAAAGAGGGAAAUUGCAAAGAGAAGUUUUUCUAGUCAGAGACCAGUAGAUCGUCAAAAUCGACGUGGCAACAAUGGUCCGCCCAAAUCAGGAAGGAAUUUCUCGGGUCCUAGAAAUGAAAGGAGAAGUGGCCCACCAUCAAAAAGUGGGAAGAGAGGGCCAUUUGAUGACCAGCCUGCAGGCACAACUGGGGUUGACCUCGUCAAUGGCAGCUCUGCACACCAUCAGGAAGGAGUACCUAAUGGUACAGGACAAAAGAACUCCAAAGAUUCUACUGGGAAAAAAAGAGAAGACCCCAAACCAGGUCCUAAAAAACCAAAAGAGAAAGUGGAUGCUCUAUCACAGUUUGAUCUCAACAAUUAUGCAAGUGUUGUUAUAAUUGAUGAUCAUCCUGAAGUAACAGUAAUUGAAGAUCCACAGUCAAAUUUGAAUGAUGAUGGUUUUACUGAAGUGGUAUCCAAAAAACAACAAAAACGUUUACAGGAUGAAGAACGGCGAAAGAAGGAAGAACAAGUCAUACAGGUCUGGAACAAAAAGAAUGCAAAUGAAAAAGGAAGAAGCCAGACUUCUAAGCUUCCUCCAAGAUUUGCCAAAAAACAGGCUACAGGGAUCCAGCAAGCACAGUCUUCAGCCUCAGUUCCACCUCUAGCUUCGGCUCCACUUCCACCUUCAACCUCAGCUUCAGUUCCAGCCUCAACCUCAGCUCCACUUCCAGCAACCUUAACUCCAGUUCCGGCCCCAACCCCAGCUCCAGUUCCGGCCUCAACUUUAGCUCCAGUUCUGGCCUCAACCUCAGGUCCAGUUCCAGCCUCACCUUUAGCUCCAGUUUCGGCCUUAGCCUCAGUCUCAGCUUCAGUUCCAGCCUCUACUUCAGCUGCAGCUAUAACCUCUUCUUCAGCUCCAGCCUCAGCCCCAGCUCCAACCCCCAUCCUUGCCUCAGUUUCAACCCCAGCUUCUGUCCCCAUUCUUGCCUCAGCCUCAAUUCCCAUUCUUGCUUCAGCCCUAGCACCAGCUUCAGCUCCAACGCCGGCCCCAGCAGCCUCUUCCCCAGCUGCCCCAGUCAUCGCAGCACCUACUAUCCCAGCCUCAGCCCCAACUGCCUCAGUCCCACUUGCCCCUGCCUCAGCUUCAGCCCCAGCCCCCACCCCAGUCUCAGCCCCAAAUCCUGCCCCGCCUGCCCCAGCCCAGACUCAGGCACAGACCCACAAACCAGUCCAGAAUCCACUACAGACUACAUCUCAGUCUUCAAAACAGCCACCACCAUCAAUUAGGCUGCCUUCAGCUCAGACAUCUAAUGGCACAGAUUAUGUAGCCUCAGGAAAAUCCAUCCAGACCCCACAGUCACAUGGCACUCUGACAGCUGAAUUAUGGGAUAACAAGGUGGCCCCACCAGCUGUGCUGAAUGAUAUCUCUAAGAAAUUAGGUCCCAUUAGUCCACCACAGCCACCUUCAGUCAGUGCAUGGAAUAAGCCCUUAACAUCGUUUGGAUCAGCUACUUCAUCAGAGGGAACGAAGAAUGGUCAAGAAAGUGGACUCGAAAUUGGAACUGACACAAUUCAGUUUGGUGCUCCAGCUUCAAAUGGAAAUGAAAAUGAAGUUGUUCCUGUGCUUUCGGAAAAAUCUGCUGACAAAAUACCUGAACCAAAAGAACAGCGGCAGAAGCAGCCACGAGCAGGACCUAUCAAAGCCCAGAAGCUUCCAGAUUUGAGUCCAGUAGAAAACAAAGAACACAAACCUGGUCCCAUUGGAAAGGAACGUUCAUUAAAAAAUAGAAAAGUAAAAGAUGCCCAACAGGUGGAGCCAGAAGGACAAGAGAAACCAAGCCCAGCUACAGUCAGAAGCACAGAUCCUGUCACGACAAAGGAAACUAAAGCAGUCUCAGAAAUGUCUACUGAAAUAGGGGCAAUGAUCUCAGUAUCAUCUGCAGAAUAUGUAACUAAUGCAAAGGAGUCUGUAACAGACUAUACUACACCCUCUUCUUCUCUGCCUAACACUGUGGCUACUAAUAAUACAAAGAUGGAGGAUACUUUGGUUAAUAAUGUGCCCCUGCCCAACACCCUUCCCCUCCCUAAGAGGGAGACUAUACAACAGAGCUCCAGCCUAACUUCAGUUCCUCCCACUACUUUCAGCCUCACCUUCAAGAUGGAGUCUGCACGCAAAGCAUGGGAGAAUUCUCCAAAUGUAAGGGAAAAGGGGUCUCCAGUAACUUCCACAGCACCUCCAAUUGCAACUGGAGUCAGCAGUAGUGCCAGUGGACCAAGCACUGCUAAUUACAAUUCGUUCUCAAGUGCAUCCAUGCCCCAGAUUCCUGUUGCUUCAGUCACUCCUACAACAUCACUAUCAGGAGCUGGUACAUACACUACCUCUUCUUUGAGCACAAAAUCUACAACCACAUCGGACCCUCCAAAUAUUUGUAAAGUGAAACCUCAGCAGUUACAGACAAGCAGCCUGCCUUCUGCAAGUCAUUUUUCACAGUUAAGCUGUAUGCCUUCCCUUAUUGCCCAGCAACAACAGAGUCCGCAAGUUUAUGUGUCUCAGUCUGCAGCAGCUCAAAUCCCAGCCUUCUAUAUGGACACAAGUCAUUUAUUCAAUACCCAACAUGCACGAUUGGCUCCACCAUCCUUGGCUCAACAACAAGGUUUCCAACCAGGUCUCUCUCAGCCAACUUCAGUUCAGCAGAUUCCAAUCCCUAUUUAUGCACCACUGCAAGGGCAGCAUCAAGCCCAACUGAGUUUGGGGGCUGGCCCUGCUGUUUCCCAGGCUCAGGAAUUGUUCAGCUCCUCACUUCAACCAUAUAGAUCUCAGCCAGCUUUUAUGCAAAGCAGUUUAUCCCAGCCAUCUGUGGUCCUCUCUGGUACUGCUAUUCACAACUUUCCAACUGUCCAACACCAAGAACUUGCCAAGGCACAAUCCGGUCUUGCCUUUCAGCAAACAUCAAAUACUCAGCCCAUUCCUAUAUUGUAUGAACAUCAACUGGGGCAGGCAUCAGGACUAGGAGGUUCCCAGCUGAUUGACACACAUCUUCUCCAGGCUAGAGCAAAUCUUACCCAGGCCUCAAAUCUUUAUUCUGGACAAGUACAACAGCCUGGUCAGACAAAUUUUUAUAACACUGCCCAGUCACCAAGUGCUCUCCAGCAGGUAAACUAUGGCAUGGUUACAGUACCUUUACCAGCCUCCCAGCUUUCCUUGCCUAAUUUUGGAUCUACAGGGCAACCUCUAAUUGCUUUGCCUCAGACUCUUCAGCCCCCAUUACAGCAUACCACUCCCCAAGCACAGGCUCAGAGUCUGAGUCGUCCUGCACAAGUAAGCCAGCCUUUCAGAGGAUUAAUUCCUGCUGGAACACAGCAUAGCAUGAUUGCAACUACAGGAAAAAUGUCUGAAAUGGAACUAAAAGCCUUUGGAAGUGGCAUUGAUAUAAAACCAGGCACACCUCCAAUCGCUGGUAGAAGCACCACACCAACAUCUAGUCCCUUCCGGGCUACUUCUACAAGUCCGAACAGCCAGUCCAGCAAAAUGAACAGCAUUGUCUACCAGAAGCAGUUCCAGUCAGCCCCUGCCACUGUGAGAAUGACACAACCAUUUCCUACACAGUUUGCACCCCAGAUUCUCUCUCAGCCUAACCUGGUCCCUCCAUUGGUAAGAGCCCCACAUACUAACACCUUCCCAGCGCCUGUUCAGAGGCCACCAAUGGCACUGGCCAGUCAGAUGCCUCCUCCGCUGACCACAGGCCUCAUGAGCCAUGCUCGUUUGCCACAUGUAGCCAGGGGUCCUUGUGGAUCACUAUCUGGAGUCAGAGGUAAUCAGGCCCAGGCUGCGUUGAAGGCUGAACAAGACAUGAAGGCAAAGCAGAGAGCAGAGGUUCUUCAGUCCACGCAACGGUUCUUCUCUGAACAGCAACAGAGCAAACAGAUAGGAGGAGGCAAAGCCCAGAAAGUGGACAGUGAUUCAAGUAAACCUCCUGAAACACUGACUGACUCUCCUGGGGUCUGUCAGGAAAAAGUAGAAGAAAAGCCACCCCCUGCACCCUCCAUAGCCACCAAACCUGUUAGAACUGGACCAAUCAAACCUCAGGCUAUCAAAACUGAAGAAACAAAAUCUUAAAGGCUAUGGUUUAUUGCAGGGGAUUGGGAGGGGGGGAGGGAAAACAUGGAGAAUUAAGUCAGAUAAUGCUGGCAGCCAAAGGGGCAAAAUGGUCUGUGACAUUAUCCUGUUCAGAGCUUGGAGAUGUACAGGGGACAUAGGAGAAAUUUACACUGACACACAGCUGCUGUACCAGUAAAAAUGAGGCUUUGCAAGCUUGUACCUACUAUGUAACAUGCGCUUGGUUGAUGGCCAUGCAUCUUCAGUCAGAAUUUAUAUAUAAAUAUAUGCACCCAUUUUUUUGAGUGCAUAUAAUUUAGACCUAAAAAUCCUUAUGAUUACAUGAAACACCAAAAAUAUAAGGAAAAUAACACAGCAGAGGAAUAGUUCAGCCUGAACAGUGUGAUGGUCCCAGCUAAUACAUCAGAUGGGGUUUUUUUGCUCCCUUAUGUUCUUUGGAUAUGGUCAUGGCAUUUGUAGGCUUGAAGGUGAAGAACUGAAGAUAACUGGUGCUGGAUAGAGGAGCCUUAUUUUUUAUUAUGGCAGCUUGCUAUUUUUAUAACAUGGUAAUUGAGUUGAACACAAUCAAAGUACAGUAGUAACUGAUCUCCCCUUCUUCCUGGAUGAAUGAGCAGAUAAAUAUUGAUGUCAGCAUCCUUGAACCAUAUCAAAGUGAGCAGUGUUUGGCAACUGCUUCUGUUUGAAAUGGUGCUGUGUUUUGGUUGUGGUCUGAAGCUUUGAAGCGCUACUUAGCAUUUCCUUUCUUCCAUGGAGCUCUCACCAUUCAAACAUGACAGAUUUGGUAAAAUGCUAGUUAGGUUGAGUCUUCCUUGCCCCCACUCAGUCAUCUUUGUAUGAAUCUCAUUAUUUGGGGGUUUCUUUUUUUUUUUUUUUUCUUUUUUUACCAGUUGUUAGCUGGUGUUUAUGAAGAACAGUGAGUACCUAGAACUGUGCCACUAAUUAAAGGAAAUCCUAAGAAGGUGCAUUUCUUUACAGAGCUGUGUCAUGCCAUCCUUUGGGCCCUCUGCUGGAAAAGUAGAAUCAAGUCUCAAAUAAUGCCUUUUUAAUUGUAUCCUCUAGUAUUAUAGAUAUAGGACAGUACUGUAUCAUACCUCUGUGAAUGUAAAAUACCUUGUACCUGCUUUAUGAUACGUAGUAGUGACCGUGCUUUAUCAGAGCUGUUUUUAAUAAUGUUAUUCUAGAAUGUUUUCUUUCCAGAUGAUGAUUCAGAAGCUAAUUUUAAAAAAUGGUGCCAGGUACCACAACAGUAACAGAACUUUGCAAUUUUCUGGGGUUUUGUUUUUUACCUUUUCCCCCCUUUUUUUUAAAUGGAGUGUGCUGGAUGUCUCUAUAAUUUUAUUCAGAUGACUGCAGAACCUGGAAAAGCUGUUGCUGCUAUUGAUGCAUAACAUACUGCUAUUGGUCUUUUUAUAUAAAUAUAUAUAUAUAUAUAUACAUAUAUAUAUAUAAUUUGAAUUUUUGGAAACUUUAGCUGUGCUGUCAACUUUGGAAAAAGUAUCCCAGUUUACUGUGUUGAGUUGGCAUUGUACAGAAAUUAACAGCCAUAUUGGUCUAGAAACGUUAAACUUAAUUUUUUUCCAUUUGUACAGGGGUAACGCACUGUAUUAAAUAUGUAAGGUCUUAUCUACAUGGGUUUGAUUACAGAAACUAAUAAAGUAUUCUCUAAAUAAUGA